AUGCCUCAGCGUAUCCCCACCGCCUCCAAGCUCCUGGACCUCUUCUCCCUGAAGGGCAAGGUCGUCGUCGUCACCGGCGCUUCCGGACCCCGGGGUAUGGGCAUUGAGGCCGCUCGCGGCUGUGCCGAGAUGGGCGCCAACGUCGCCAUCACCUACUCCAGCCGCAAGGAGGGCGCCGAGAAGAACGUCGAGGAGUUGACCAAGGACUACGGCAUCAAGGCCAAGGCCUACAAGUGCAACGUUGGCGAGUUCUCCGAGUGCGAGAAGCUUGUUGCCGAUGUCAUCAAGGAGUUCGGCCAGAUCGACGGCUUCAUUGCCAACGCCGGUGCUACCGCCGACGGUGGUGUCCUCGAGUGCCCCAAGGAGUCUUGGGACAAGGUCAUCCACACCGACCUGAACGGCACUGCUUACUGCGCCAAGGCAGUCGGCUCCCACUUCAAGGAGCGCGGCACCGGCUCUUUCGUCAUCACCGCCUCCAUGUCCGGCCACGUCGCCAACUUCCCCCAGGAGCAGACCUCGUACAACGUGGCCAAGGCCGGCUGCAUCCACAUGGCCAAGUCGCUGGCUAACGAGUGGCGCGACUUUGCCCGCGUCAACAGCAUCUCGCCCGGCUACAUCGACACCGGUCUGUCCGACUUCAUUGACGAGAAGACUCAGGCCCUGUGGCGGUCCAUGAUCCCCAUGAACCGCAACGGCGACGCCAAGGAGCUCAAGGGCGCCUACGUCUACCUCGUCUCCGACGCCAGCACCUACACCACUGGCGCCGACAUCGUCAUCGACGGUGGCUACACCUGCCGAUAG